CAGCCCCGUACCGUGACCGUUGGUUCUGUGCUCGGUCCGGACCAGCGGCUUCUUCCUUCUUUUCGUUUUUAAAUCUAAUUCCUCCUGUUCCGACGGGGUCAGUGCCUCCACGGUUUCCUUUCUCCCGGGUCCCGGCGGGAACGUUUAGCCCCUUAAUGAGGCUUCCCGGUGCCCCCGUCCUCCUCCUAAACGUCUAAACAGGUGACUCGGUGUUUCAGGUGAAGCGGAGCCGCGGGAGGAGACGCUUCAUGGAGGCUCAGUAACUAACCAGCUCCGCCGGGGAUCGGUCGGUGCUCACCGGGGGGGAACUGCGGUACAUUAGCGCCAGGAUGCCAGCCGGGGUUUGUGGCUGCUGUGGGCCGCUGAGGCCGAGGUACAAACGCCUGGUGGACAACAUCUUCCCUGAGGAUCCUAAAGAUGGCCUCAGUAAGUCGGACAUGGAGAAGUUGACCUUCUACGCUGUAUCUGCUCCAGAGAAGCUGGACAGGAUCGGAGCUUAUCUCGCCGAGAGGCUGAGCAGAGACGUGGUGCGACACCGUUACGGGUACGUGGUGAUUGCCAUGGAGGCUCUGGACCAGCUGCUCAUGGCCUGUCACUCUCAGAGCAUCAAACCCUUCGUGGAGAGUUUCCUGCACAUGGUCGCUAAGCUGCUGGAGUCCAGGGAACCGGACCUGCAGGUCCUGGGAACCAACUCGUUUGUGAAGUUCGCCAACAUUGAGGAGGACACGCCGUCCUAUCACCGCCGCUACGACUUCUUCGUCUCCCAGUUCAGCGCCAUGUGCCACUCGACCCACGAAGACACUGAGACCAGGACCAGGAUUCGCGUGGCCGGGAUCAAAGGUCUCCAGGGCGUCGUGAGGAAGACGGUGAACGACGAGCUGCAGGCCAUCAUCUGGGAGCCUCAGCACAUGGACAAACUCAUCCCGUCCAUGCUGUUCAACAUGCAGGACAGCGAGGACCUGGACAGGACGGGCCACCCCAGCACUCCGUCGGUGGCCGGCCAGGAUGGCGAGGAGAACCCGGCGGCUCUGGCCGAGAGCUGCUUCAGAGAGCUGCUGGGCCGAGCGGCCUACGGCAACAUGAACAACGCCGUCAGGCCCGUGUUGGUUCACCUGGACAAUCAUAACCUGUGGGACCCCAAUGAGUUUGCUGUGUCCUGCUUCCGAAUCAUCAUGUACUCCAUCCAGGCUCAACACUCGCACCACGUCAUCCAGCAGGUCCUCAACCACCUGGACACUCACAACAAGAACACGCCCCGGGUCCGAGCCGGCAUCGUCCAGGUGCUGCUGGAGACGGUCGCCAUCGCUGCCAAAGGAUCCGUGGGUCCCACGGUGCUGGAGGUGUUCAACACUCUGCUCAAACACCUGAGGAUGAGCGUGGACUUUGAGCUGGGGGACAGUUCCAGGAGGAACUCCAGCGUCAGCGUCUCCUCGUCCCGCGGCAAAGAGAGCGAAGAGCGCAUCGUCCAGAACGCCAUCAUCCAGACCAUCGGCUUCUUCGGUGGUAACCUGCCCGACUACCAGCGCGCUGAGGUCAUGAUGUUCAUCAUGGGUAAAGUCCCAGUGUACGGGACGCCCUGCCACACCCUGGACACCGUCAAGAUCGGGCAUCAGGGAACCAAGAGGAUUCAGACGAUGCUGCUGAGCUCUCUCAUCAUGGUGACCUCCGGCUUCAAGUCCAAGUCCAUGGUGGCCGCGUUGCCUCCUCCGAUCCUGGACCCGCUCUUCUCCAUCUCCCUGAUGGAGGACAGCGAGCUGAGGCAGCUGGUGCUCGAGAUCCUGCACAACAUCAUCGAUCGCCACGACAACCGGGCCAAGCUCCGGGGCAUCAGAAUUAUUCCCAACGUGGCAGCGCUGAAGAUUAAAAGGGAGAAGAUUUCCAAACAAGACGUCGCAUUCAUGAAGAAGCAUGGUCAGCAGCUCUACCGUCACAUCUACCUGGGCUGCAAAGAGGAGGACAACGUCCACAAGAACUUUGAGCUCCUCUUCACCACCCUGGCCAUCCUGACCAUUGAGUUGGCCAACGAGGAGGUCGUGAUCGACCUCAUCCGACUCGCCAUCGCUCUGCAGGACAUGGCUCUGGCCAACGAGGAGAGCAUGCCCAUGUUCAUCCGCUGUGGCAUCAUGGCGCUGGUGGCGGCGUACCUGAACUUCCUGAGCCAGAUGAUCGCCAACCCUCCUUUCUGUCAGCACGUCAGCAAGGUUAUCGAGCUGAGGAGCUUGGACGCCCCGUACCUCCUCCCUGAACACAUAUUCAGAGACAGGAGUCUGAUCCCUGAGUCCUUGGACAAAGACGACAAACAGCUGUACUUCCAGACGGCCGACAUGGCCGAGUGUCUGGCAGGACCAGGAUACAACGCAGAGAGACUGUCCAUCCCCUACGUCCCGCAGGUCACAGAUGAAGACCGUCUGACCAGGAGGAAGAGCUUCGUGGACACCAUCUCCCUCCAGGUGGACAUCAUGUCCAACAACCUUCCGGACAAGUCUCAGCUGGCCGAGGAGAUCACGUUUGAGACCCUGAAGAAAGCCAUCGAUACGACCGGUUUGGAGGAGCAGGAGAGAGAGAAGAGGCGUCAGGUGAUGGAGAAGUUCCAGAAAGCUCCGUUUGAGGAGAUCGCGGCUCAUUGCGAGUCCAAGGCCAACAUGCUGCACGACCGGCUGGCACAAAUCUUUGAACUCACCAUCCGGCCUCCUCCCAGCCCGUCCGGCGUGGUGUCCAUCUCCACGGGACACACCCAGCAUCAGUCCGUCCCCGUCUACGAGAUGAAGUUUCCGGACCUGUGCGUCUACUGAGCGUGUGGACGCAACCUUCGCACACAUCCACGAAUAAUAAUAAAAUAAUAAUAAAAAAAAAAACAAAACACAAGAACAUGCAAAAUUUAAAAAAAAGAAAGAAAAAAUGCUGAGACAGAGCAGCCGGGUUUUCAACCAGCACAGCGUCAUUUAAGUGUUUCACAUCCUGACCUGAAUCCCUGAAACAAAGCUCUCUGAGGCCACGCCCACACGCAACAAAACGAGCCAUUUUUUCUGGCUUUUCUUGGCGUUAAAUACGAAUAAAUUACAAAAAACGCAUGUAGUAGAAGUAGAAAAGGCUGUAGUUCAUACCCCAGGCCUGUGGGUGGCGCUGUGUCUGCUACAGAACUCAGCCGUCUAUAGAUACAUACAGUAACAGUAAUGCAGUACCGUCACCAGCCUGUAGUCACUGAUGACAUCAUCGUGUUCAGACGUUAUCACGAAUGAAAAAAAGUUCAAAAAGUUUCCAGUCGCCAAAAAAUCCGACUAAUGCGUUUUCACCUGAAGCUCGUAUCCGUGUGGGCGUGGCCUAAAUCUGACGCGUCUCCCCUUGUACAAACUGUUUGAAAACUGUUCUCAGACGCAGCUUUCGCUUGGAUCUGUUCUCAUCUCGUAGGCGUCGCGUCGUCGAGUAGAAACGAGCCGUGAAUUAUCUGUGAGCUAGGAAACCGAAGUAGAGAGUUUAGUUCUAGUUUUCACUGUUUAACCUGCGCCGAUGUUUAAACGCUUGAAACGACUUCAAACAACCAGCGCUGAGGCGAAACGAGGCGGAAGCAAUACUUGAAGAGUUUGGUGAAACGGGCUCGAGCAAAUACUUUAAAUUCCUAAUCCUGUCAUUUUGUUUCCAUCUUUGAGGAAAAGACGCUGAGUUUCCAGAGCGGAAGCUGUGGGAGGUUUGUUGUUGUUUUUACUGUGAACUGAGAGAAGUUUGGUUCGUCAGCUCCUCGCGUGGCCGCGUCGAACAAGCGUCAGGAGGUCUUCCUUCAAACCGAACCAGCGCCAAGGUUCAGUUACCAGCACCGUCAGUUUUAGCUGAGUCCUGUUAACGGUCGUUCAUGUUUUUAUGUGGAGUGAAACUCUUUGUUUCCCUAAAAAGUCUUUGACACAGAACGAGCACAAGAUAUUAAACGUUGGGGACGCUGUUUUUCGAGAUGCAGUUCUGCCUCUGACCACUAGGGGGCGGUGUUUCGGGAUAAUACGUGUAAAUAUCGAUGGAGCAGUUGGAGCCAAUUCGUGAGUUUAUUAUAAAAAGUCCUAAUGCUAUUUUCCCGAAGGUACAGGAGGCACCACCUUGCAACUUUUAGAGCUACAGUCUGAGGGCGGAGCCACAAUAUCAAUGCCCCGCCCACACUCCAGACUCGCUCACGUUAAUCAAUACUGCGGUUGGCGUGGCAACUGGUGAUCGCCAUUAUGUCACAUCCUAAUCAAAUAACGAAAGUCGUGUCACUUGAACGUUCAUUAUAUCAAAAAAUAUAUAUAUAUUUUAGCGUUCUAGUUUGGCCCAAGUCCCGCCCACUAACAUGCUAACAUGGAGGGGGUGGAGCUUACAGGUUGGAGGUUAGUGAAAAUGUUUAGGAAACUCUUAUCAAAGCUCAAAUUGGUUGAUUGGUUUAAAAACGCGUUAACGCGGAGGUCUGUCUGGAUUGGACCAAGCCUCUAGUGGACAUUUGUGGAACUGCAGCUCUUUAACUUUUUUUUUUGCUCCAUAUUUUUCCCGCUCUGGAUGUGAAGUAGAUCGUCUGCAGUCUUUAUGUUGAUUAAGAAGCUUUAGCAAACUGUUACCAGCUGACACUCUGUAUCUGAUCCUGAUUAUUAGUAGAAGCAGCAGAAUAUUCAGUCUAGUUCAUCACGGUGGUUGAUGUUUAGCUGCAGAUGAAGCGUUCGUUCCACCAGCAGAUUCACGUCCUCACAGCUUUACUGGCAGCUUCCAGGAAAAAAAAAAAAAAAACAAAAACACAAAAAAAACAGAAAAAAUGAAAACAUGUUUAGUUGCCAAAGACAGACGUCGUCCUCCUCCUGUUCCCUCCAAACGUAAAAAAGGCUGAAUGCUGUUGGUGCCGGUCUCCUGUGAGGAGCCAUAUGGAGGCGUUCGUUCAGAGCCGACCUCCCCUGAACGCAUCCAGAUUAACAGACCGACUCAUCUCAUAUCUCCUUUUAGCUUUUUUUUUUUUUUCCUACGUGGUGCAGCUGUGAUGUGUAACAGCAGAUGGUUAUCGGCUCUGUCCUCUGGUCUGAGCUCAGCGUGGGAAGAUUUGAUUUGUGUUGCGCCUCCUUUAAAGAGCUCGGUGUUGUGUGGAAGUGGACGGAGGGAUGAGACGUGGACGUGGACGUGGGUCGGUUCUGUUGGAAGGAUUUAAAAAUGAGAAAGGAAAAUGUUUGGGAUCAAGAGGAGGUUAAUGGUUUAUUAAUAUGUGUAGGUCGGCUAACGGUGGAGCUAGCGUUGGAGCUAAUGGUGGAGCUAGUGGACGUCCCAUGUUCCCCUUCGUCACAUGGACGUGUUGUGAAUGUAUUUGAUGAGUCGGUUCAUAUCCCAGAACGUGGAGACGUUUAAAACUUUAAACUCUGGUGACUCUCGUGUCUCAUGUUAGAGUCUGAAGCACCUGCACGGUUCCUGGAGGUGGCGCCGCGUUUUUAAUGCUGAAACUGAAACUCCAGCGGAAGGAGUUGCAUCACGUGGAGGCUGUGGCCUCCUCUUCUGAAUGUGUCAUCUUCUAUUUUUGUACGUUUUCUUUCAUGCGUCAUCGCGCGUCGUUGCCUCGUAGAGAUUUUAGAAACCGGGAGAUUUAUUCUUGUUGAUCAGGAUGAAAACAAAUGCUGAAAUCUUUUUAUUCUUUUAGAUUCUUGUUGUCGUCGUUGUUGUUGCUGAUGAGAAUCUCUAUGUUUGUGGUAGGAUCCGUGAUAUCAUUUCAAAUAUCAAAUAUAAAUAUUAUAUCUAGAAUCAGAUUAUUUUUGGGAAAAUAGAGGAAAUCAGUGCAAUCUGCUAAUUAAUUUUUCUUUUUUAGAAAUGUUUACUGUUAAAUAAUAAUAAUAAUGAAUCAUUACAGAUGUUUUCAGGUCCAGAUUCAACAAAAAGUUUAUUCAUGAAUUAACUGAGUUCAUUAAACUCUAAAACUAAACUAAAAUAAAAUCGAUGCUGUGAGUCUGGACCUGAUUAUUUUAUUAAAUUAGAUCUGAAUCUAUCAGCCGCUCACACGAGCUGUAAAUAUUCACUAGUUCAGAUUAAAAACCUUUAAAUAUGACGUGUUGUUUGCACUUUGUUCGCUGUGUAGCCGGUACUAUCGCAACAAAUAAGGAACCUGAGGGAAACGUUCGGUGUUUAUGGUGAAUAAAGUUUAAAAUCAGUAACUGAGCUGCCUUAAAAAAAAAAUAUAUAAAAAUAUCAACGGACGAGAAAAAAUAAAUGAAAGAGAAAAGAGCUUUUUGAUUUCUUUUAUUUUAUCUCUGUGAUGCAGCGGUUCGUAUUUUUGUGUCACGUCUGUGUUCAGCUCAGAUUCAAAACACAGCCACGGGUUUAACCACUAGAGGGCGCCGCGGAGGCUCCGCCCCCUUCGCCGCUGCCGCCGCCGCUGCUGCUUCAGGGAAACGAAUUAAAUCUGAACCACAACUUCCUGACUGAGAUUUAAACCUAAUGAACGAAUUCAUCCAGUAAAAAGACUGAAACCAGCUCCGCUAAGAAUCUAAUUAACUUUAAUUAACCAGUUAACUGAAAUAAAGGCGUUUCCCUGAUCUCCAGCGGCGCCCGCGGAGCCUCCGCUUGGUAGAAGGUGGCGCAUUGAGAUCAAUGUUCAAUAAAUGAAUGAAAAAAUAAAGUAUUUCUAUCAAA